AUGGAAAACUACACCUACAACAGCUUUACCCUCCAACUAGAGGGGUUAAAGAUCACAGAAAUGUCAAUGUACCCUGUCUUUUUCUUUUUCUUUUUUUCCUACUUAAUGAUUAUCUUAGCAAAUGUUGGCAUUGUAAUCCUGGUUUUCAUGGACAAAAACUUGCACCAGCCGAUGUAUCUCCUUUUCUGCAACUUGCCAGUCAAUGACAUCCUUGGAAAUUCUAUCAUGGUGCCCCGUUUGCUUAUAGACAUGUUGAGGCCUCCCUCUGAACGCCUCAUCAGUUAUUAUGAAUGUGUGGUCCAAGCUUUUACAACACAUAUGUUUGGUACCACUGCUCACACUGUACUCAUGAUUAUGGCCUUUGACAGAUAUGUGGCCAUCUGUAAUCCCCUGCGCUAUUCUGCCAUAAUGACCAACAAAAUGGUGGUGAAGCUGACAGUUUCUGCCUGGGGGGUGGCCUUUGUUUUGGUCGGGAUUCUGCUUGGUCUGACCAUACGGCUGAACCGAUGUAGGACUCUGAUCACAAAUCCUUACUGUGACAAUGCCUCACUGUUUAAACUCUCCUGUGAGAGUGUGUUUAUUAAUAAUGUCUAUGGCCUCACCUUCACUGUAGUCCUGUUCACAGGUUCUAUUGGCAGCAUGGUUAUCACCUAUACUAAGAUUACAGUCGUCUGUCUCACCAGUAAUAACAAGUCUUUGAACAGUAAAGCCAUGAAGACCUGCAGCACUCAUCUCUUUGUAUAUCUUAUUAUGUUACUAAGUGGAAUGCUUGUUAUCAUCCUGCAUCGCUUCCCUCAGUACUCAGACUACAGAAAACUUGCAGCCAUUUUGUUUCAUAUUGUCCCCGGCAGUCUCAACCCCAUUAUUUAUGGGGUUCAGUCAAAAGAGAUACGAAGAUUCCUCUUCAAGUUACUCGCCAAGUGGCAAGGGCCCUUCGUGGUAACGCGGCGAGUGGGGGAUGUUGAUUAUGAGGUGGUGCAAUCGGACAGGAGUGGGGGGGCAACACAAAUUUACCCCCACAAUCUCCUAAAAGCAUGGAGGGAUUUGGCCACCAUGGAGAUUGAGAAAGAUGGGCUUGGAUCACAGCGGCUCAUGGACCGGGUUCUGGUUCCCCACUCUGCAUAUGCUGCUGCCUACAUGGAUGAUAUCAUCAUCCACAGCGAGACGUGUGAACAGCAUAUGCAGCAGGUGGGAACAAUGACCAACACCUCAAACAACGGAUUGCUCCGUACUGUGCAUCAGCCGGAAGCUGGCUCAGCGGGAGCUUGA